AUGACGGGUCGUGGAUACGCAGAUACUUGUGGAAAAAGUUUAGCAGCAGCCGUGGACGACAGGAGGUGGCCAGAAUGGGCUGAUGAGGAUGUCGCGAAAGCCUAUCAGUUCUACCUCCUGCGAACAAUGGACUUUGGCGUUUCGAACCAUGAGUUGCAGAAUUUCAUUAACAAAGCUGCACAGACAUUCUACUGUGAGUCCAUCCUUCAUGGAGUGGUGUCUCAUGUAGAUGAAAACCUAACAACCACAUGUCAUCUUAUGUAUCCAGACCAUUUUGCUCGAAAACAAAUAGCCAAGGCUAAUGAAAUCUUACAGAAGGAAAUGGAUUUAGCAGAACACUGGAAGCUUAUGGGUGAGCUCGUGGACGAGAUGGAAGCGGUCUAUCUUACUGAGCGACAAUUCAUCGACGUCCGAAAUCGAAUAAAAUACAGGAUUUCUGAAGGAGCUUUGCGGUUUACUGAGUCGUUGAUGAACAACAUUUCGGACACAUGUCGAGCAUCAUUCACGACCAUUACAGAAAGCGGAGACAGGUUGCUGAAGUAUUUCGAAAGCAUGAACGAGCUUCUAUUGCAUGACGGACAUCAACAUCACAAUAACGUCUCGUCGAUUGGCGCUGGUGGGUGA